CCCCGCCCCUCCCCUAGCCCUGCUCGGGCUUCCGGGCUCCCUGCUCGAUGACUGGCCGAAGCAGUGGACGGCUGGAAGCGAAUUGGCUGCCCUCAGCGGCGGGCUGAGCAACUGGGCUGACGAGAGCUGUUGGGCCAAGAUGGCGGCCGCCGAAGGAGCCGCGGGAGACGGUGAGCUGUGGCAGGCCUGGCUCCCUGACCAUGCCGUGUUCUUGCGGCUCCGGGAAGGACGGAAAAACCAGAGCCCAGCCGCAGCCGAGAAGCCGGCUUCUUUGCCUUCGCCGCCGCCCCUGCCGCCGCACUUGCUGACGAGAAACCUGGUCUUGGGCCUCGGCGGAGAGCUCUUCCUAUGGGACGGAGAAGGCAGCUCCUUCUUAGUCGUGCGCCUUCGGGACCCCAGCGGCGCCGGUGAGGAGUCCUCCCUCUCCCAGUACCAGAGAUUGCUUUGCAUAAAUCCACCCCUGUUUGAAAUCUAUCAAGUCUUGUUAAGUCCAGCACAACAUCAUGUAGCGCUUAUAGGAAUAAAAGGACUUAUGAUAUUAGAAUUACCUAAGAGGUGGGGGAAGAAUUCUGAAUUUGAAGGUGGAAAAUCAACAGUGAAUUGUAGCACCACUCCCGUUGCUGAGAGAUUUUUCACCAGUUCUACCUCUCUGACUCUAAAGCAUGCUGCCUGGUAUCCGAGUGAGAUGCUGGACCCCCACAUAGUGCUGUUAACAUCAGACAAUGUAAUAAGGAUUUACUCUCUACGUGAGCCCCAGACACCCACUAAGGUCAUUGUACUUUCAGAAGCAGAAGAGGAAAGUCUAAUACUCAAUAAAGGAAGGGCCUACACCGCAUCUCUAGGAGAGACAGCAGUUGCAUUUGACUUUGGGCCGUUGUCAGCAGUCCCGAAGAACAUAUUUGGACAAAAAGGCAAAGAUGAAGUAUUGGCUUACCCCCUGUACAUCUUGUAUGAGAAUGGGGAGACUUUCCUUACAUAUGUUAGUCUGUUGCACAGCCCUGGGAGUGUGGGAAAGCUGUUAGGCCCACUGCCCAUGCAUCCUGCAGCUGAAGAUAACUAUGGUUAUGAUGCGUGUGCUGUACUCUGCUUACCAUGUGUCCCCAACAUCUUAGUGAUUGCUACUGAAUCAGGAAUGCUGUAUCACUGUGUUGUGCUGGAAGGGGAAGAAGAAGACGACCAAACAUCAGAGAAGUCCUGGGAUUCCAGGGCAGACCUCAUUCCUUCUCUGUAUGUGUUUGAGUGUGUGGAGUUGGAGCUUGCCCUGAAACUGGCAUCUGGAGAGGACGAGCCCUUUGAUUCUGACUUUUCUUGUCCAAUCAAACUUCACAGAGAUCCCAAGUGUCCCUCAAGAUAUCACUGUACUCAUGAAGCUGGUGUACAUAGUGUUGGGCUAACUUGGAUUCAUAAACUUCACAGAUUUCUUGGAUCAGAUGAAGAAGAUAAGGACAGUUUACAGGAACUAGCUACAGAACAGAAAUGCUUUGUAGAACACAUUCUUUGUACGAAGCCCUUGCCAUGCAGGCAGCCAGCUCCGAUCCGAGGAUUUUGGAUUGUCCCUGACAUUCUGGGGCCUACGAUGAUCUGCAUCACCAGUAACUACGAAUGCCUCAUAAGGCCUUUACUAAGCACAGUCCAUCCAGUGUCUCCUCCCCUGCUUUGUACCCGAGAGGAUGUUGAAGUGGCAGAGUCUCCCCUCCGUAUUCUGGCUGAAACCCCGGAUUCCUUUGAAAAACAUAUUAGAAGCAUUCUGCAACGUAGUGUUGCAAAUCCAGCAUUUUUGAAAUCAUCUGAAAAAGAUACGGCUCCUCCUCCCGAAGAAUGCCUUCAGCUCAUCAGCAGAGCCACCCAGGUGUUCAGAGAACAGUACAUUCUUAAACAGGACCUGGCAAAGGAGGAGAUUCAGCGGAGGGUCAAAUUGUUAUGUGACCAAAAAAAGAAACAACUAGAAGAUCUCAAUUAUUGUCGAGAGGAGAGGAAAAGUCUGCGGGAAGUGGCCGAGCGCUUAGCUGACAAAUAUGAGGAAGCCAAGGAAAAACAAGAAGAUAUCAUGACCAGGAUGAAAAAAGUACUUCACAGUUUUCACUCUCAGCUCCCAGUUCUCUCUGACAGUGAGAGAGACAUGAAGAAAGAAUUACAGCUGAUACCUGAUCAACUUCGACAUUUGGGCAAUGCCAUCAAACAGGUUACUAUGAAAAAAGACUAUCAACAACGAAAGAUGGAAAAGGUACUAAGUCCUCAGAAGCCCACCAUUACUCUCAGCGCCUACCAGCGAAAAUGCAUUCAGUCCAUCCUGAAGGAGGAGGGUGAGCACAUAAGAGAAAUGGUGAAGCAAAUUAACGAUAUCCGAAAUCAUGUAAACUUCUGACACCACCAGGAACAGAUUCACACCUGAAAUUAACACAAGUGAAGGCUUAAACUCAUUGUAAAACGAACAGGUAGCAUUAUCUAAUUUAUAAAGAGGCAUUUUAAAGGAUGAACUUUGGUGUGGUUGUUCAUCACUUUUUAUACUUGUUUUAUAAUGACUGAAUAAAUGCUUUUAUUUAAAAAUUGGAAUGUGGUUUAUAUACAAGCUCAAGUAUAUGAUUGUAUUCAGCAAGGGCCUAGGAUUUAAAAGGAAAAAAAAAAGCGCCCAAGACUUUCAGCUGCACACUGCCAGACCUCCGUGAACCCUACUGAGUUUUCUUGAUAUUUGAACAAGAAUAAAAGCUGCAUUUUAACGUAGCAGCACCAGAAAUAUGACUCUGAAGAGGGACAGAACCCUAGAACUCAAAGGAAAAGGCCACACAGUAUACUAGACAGCAGCUUUUUUAAUUUGAACACUUUCUUCUUAAGGACACGCCUUCAGUACAGUUAACAAAUGGUUAUACCUGAAAUCUGCUCACAGCAGAACUCGGUAACCACAAUUGCAAGGCCACUGCUGGCUCACUUCCUCGACAGGCAGUAUUUCCUUUCAGAGCUGAGUUCGGCUGCGCUCUGUGUCCCAGUACAUGUCACUGAGUGGGUAUGAGGUGCACAUGUAGGAUCUCAAAUGGAGAAACAAAUAGCUUGGUAUACAGUAUAUGAUUUUGUCUUUUAGCAUUAGGUAAUAUUUUUAUACCUGCCAAUGAGUUCUGAAAGGUAAUACUGUACCUGCCUAGAAAUGGCUGAGUGACUGCCAAUUAAAAGCCACAUGGUAAGGUAGGUUACAGGUAAGAGGUAAAUCAGGUUAGACAUGCAUGAGAACACGUGUACACAGACUGAAUACAAGCACAGGAACACUCGUGAAACCCAGCUGACCUUUUCUUUUGUCUUGAAGGGCUAAAUACUACCUUCUAAAUCAGUUUCCCAUUUAUAAAGAAAACCCAGUUUAAAGAAGUGUUUCAUACCAGAAGUAGAGACUGUUAACAAAACCUAGUCUCAGUUUGGGUUUUUCUAGCAUAUUUUUCUCAAAAAACUGGGUUCCAACAAUUUGCAUCUGCCACUGUAGAGACUGCUAACAGUUUCCUAAUCAUGAAUUUUAUUGGCCCAGUACCAUCUUAUGGAGAAAAACAUCAGCAUCAGCAAGGUACCCCGUCUCAGCCAAGCAGUUCCCUGGGAGUUGUAGUUCAGUUCGUUCAGGAAGGUUAUGAAUUAUCCAUCAUCUUGAUUUAUGGUGCCAAUUUUAAUAAUCUGAAACAAAUUAGCUUGGAGUUUAUCCAAGGGACUAGUCUGACACUAAUAUAAUUUAAAGUGACUGCAUUUUUGGAAUUAAUAAAAUUCCCUGUAACUCAAUGAGGAUACAUGUUUCCUUUAAAGGAAACAGAGUAGUACUUUAUACAAAGGGACUUUAGACCAAUUAAAAUAAUGUUUCAUGCAUGCAAGCCUAUAGCACUAGUUCCAUAAUUAGUGUUUACUUCAAAAUUCAUAAUCAUGAAUGUAAGACUACAGCAAUAGCCCAAGGAAUGAGGUAUGUAGGCCUUACCUUGUCCUGUCCUAUGGAAGACAGAAAUAAAGAUCUUUAGGGCUAGUCCAUUAUGACGUCAUUUAUAACAAUUAAAGUUGUAGCUUUAUGUGAGCCAAACAAGCUACUCAAUCCACUUAAUUUCCAUAUGGUUCCUUCAAGUACUCUGCCGUUACACAACACCAAUCACAAAAAUUUGAAAACAACAGUUUUACUUUUGAACCAUCUGUAUGAUGAAUUAAACGGUGUAGUCUUCCACUGGCUAACAGUACUGCAGGUAAACAGUGAAUAUAAAUCCAUUCUGUGCUUUCUGCAACACUUCAUAAGGCUACGGCAAAGACAACCUGUUCAUUGAAACUUUAUCCACACAGGAAAGGAAUCUAAUCUCAUAGAAAUGACAAAGCAGAUUUCCAAACUGAUCAACUAACUGGGUUUUCCCCAACUUCACCAUAAGCAUUAUCACACUCCAGGUCUAAAAUAUAAAAGAAAAAUACAAAAUGGGUAUCUGCCAAACCUAGUUAUCACCAUUUUUGUAUUUGACACUUUUGAAACAAGUAUGUACUCAGGCCCACUGACUCGAGUUGAAAAUAAAAUAAGCAGCAGACUUAUAAAUUUAUACUAGAUGUUGUCAGACAUAGCUUGUUUUAUUAAUAUUUUUUCCACUGAUCCAGUAACUAAACUAAAACAGUUUUCAGGAGAGUAGAUGGUGCCAGUUCACCUUGACCCUGGUACCUGUGAGUCCACGAAACUUACCCAGGUAGCAGGAAAAGUGCUUCCAAACAGUUUCUUGUGCUUUUCCUUUAACCUCAACUUCCAAUAGCCCCAGCCAAGUUUGCAAGUCCUCAUAAUUAAUUCGGUUCCAAUUCCAUUGAAUUGGUUGUCUGCCACCGCCUUAUGGUUCUCAGGCAAGUUUCAGUAGCAUUUAAGGUCCUCCAAUGCAAGAUAAAAUGGUUAAAAAAAAAAAUACACUGAGCUAGGAAA